AUGGUGGCGGCGGGAAGAGCCGCGGGUGGCGGCGGCCGAACAGAGGGGCGAGAAGCGCGCCGGGAGCCUGCGCCCAGCGGAGCGGCAGCGGAGCGACGGCGAGAAGGCGGCGGAGCGGCGCCUGCGCACACUCACCGCCGGGUGGUGAGCGCCGCCCUGCGCCGCCCCCCGCGCCACGGCCGCGGCCCGCUCCUCCUCUACCUCCUCGACGUGCUGGAGCUGCCCGACCCGGUGCUGCCCCAGCUGCCGGGGCUGCUGGGCCCCGACGUCCCCGUCGCCGGGCUGCUGGUGGUGGGCAACAAGGUGGACCUGCUGCCUGCCGACUCCCCUGGGCACCUGGGGCGCCUGCGGCAGCGGGUGGCAGCGGCCUGCGCCGGGGCCGGCCUGCGCGGAGCCCCGCUGGUGGAUGUCCGCCUGGUGAGCGCCAAGACGGGCUUCGGCCUGGAGGGGCUGGUCAGCCGGCUGCAGCGCUCGUGGAGGUGCGCCGGAGACGUCUACCUGCUGGGCGCUACCAACUCCGGCAAGUCGACACUCUUCAACGCCCUGCUGCGCUCCGACUACUGCAAGUCCCGUGCCCCCAACAUCGUCGACAGGGCCACCAUCUCCCACUGGCCAGGAACAACACUGAACCUAUUGAAAUUUCCAAUUAUUAAUCCUACGUGUGACAGGAUAUUCCGAAGGCAGGAGAGGCUGAGAGAGGAGGCAACAAAAACAGAAGAUCAACUAAGCAGUGAAGAAAAAAAGUACCUUAAUCACCUUAAAAAACAAGGUUACUUUGUGGGAAGAGUUGGAAGAACGUUUCAACAGCCGAAGUCUAGCCCGGUAGUUGACUUUGACCCUGACAUGCUCUCCUACAGCAUAGGCGAAGAUCCCAGGCAUUCCCCUAAGAAGCAUGAGGAAAGGGAGGAGUUCACAUACAAUGAAGUGAAGGAUGCUCGCUGGUGUUUUGACACUCCAGGGAUUGUAAAGGAAAACUGUGUUUUAAAUCUCCUGACAGAGAAAGAAGUAAAGCUGGUUUUGCCAACACAGGCCAUCGUUCCACGGACCUUCAUUCUCAAGCCAGGAAUGGUCUUGUUUUUAGCAGCUUUGGGACGUGUAGACUACUUAGAGGGAGAAAAGCCUGCCUGGUUUUCUGUCGUGGCUUCUAACCUGUUGCCAGUCCACAUUUCUAUCCUGAGUAAAGCAGAUGCCAUCUAUGAGAAACAUGCUGGCCAAGAGUUACUAAAGGUUCCUAUGGGUGGGGAAGAGCGAAUGAAAGAGUUCCCCCCGCUUGUCCCUCAGCACAUCACACUGAAAGGAAUUGGUACCACUGAGGCUGUCGCAGAUAUCAAGCUUUCCUCUGCAGGCUGGGUGGCAGUGACGGCUCACACAGAAGAGAAAUUGCUACUCCGAGCCUAUACUCCCAAGGGCACCACGUUGGUGGUGCGGGAGCCUCCCCUUUUGCCAUACAUCAGUACCAUCAGAGGGGCCCGGAUUGCAGGCACUGCUGCCUAUAGGACCAAAAAGCCUCCCUCCCUGGUGGAAAACCUGAAAACCACAGAAAGGAGAUAGCACUUAUCAUCAUCUGAGCAAGGUAGAAGACAGAACAGCCUCUGGAGAACCUUGUUGCUUAUUGAUAUUCAGGAGAGCUUGGAGUCCUUUUUAAAGGCAGACAGGCACAUUUUUGAAAGCAGGCCUGGGGGAACUCUACAAGUCCACAUCUGAUCCAGCUGCUGAACUGCAGCCAUUUUGAAUGAGCUGAGCAGCUGGUACCUUGCUGUAAGAGGUGAAACGGCUUCUCCCUGGGACCUGCCAGUAUCUAUGAGCAAAUACCUUUACCUGUUUCCUCUUGAAAUACAGCUUGGAAGCUCACCUGCCUGCCCUGGGCUGGCUUUGCUGUUCAUAGAGUAGGUGUUCUCUUGCAGACAUGCUCCUGCAGGUCAGAAAUCAUCACCUUGUUCUUGGAGGCUUUACAGUGUUUCCAAAGUUGAAGGAGGUGGAGGGAGUGAGGAGGAGCAGGGAAUGCUCUAGUGUGGGUAUGACCCUCCUAGUGGCUUGCAGUAAUUCAACAACAUCAACCAAAAAUCAGGUCCUUUUUGUCCUUCAACAUCUGGGGCAGAAGAGGGAAUGCAAUGCCCUGCUUUUGGACACAGGAAAGGUGGAUUAACAAAAAGCAGGUCGGCUCGCAUGCCUGAAGAGGAAACCUUUGCGACUCACUGCUUUGGUUUCUUGUCCUGCUGAAACCAGGACAAACUUGUGUAAAGGUUUCUGAAACUG